AUGGCGCAGUCGAAAGCUUCGGUAUGGCACCCAUACAAUGUCGAAAUCCCCGAAGAGACGGCCGAAGAGGAAGUCGACGACACGCAAGAGAUCCAGAUCGAAGAGGCCCUGAAGCUCUACCAGACGGCGCUGAAGCUCCACUCCGAAGGCCCUGCGUCCUUUGAGAAGACGGCGGCUGCAUACAAGGCCCUGUUCGACUCGGACAUCUUCAAAUACGCCGAAUCCCUCUCUGAAUACCAACGGCAUGAGGUCUUUGGCGAUGACCUCGUCUUCGACACCAUCCUGGAAGACGAAUACGAUGCAGGUCCCGUCCAGUCUACCGGCGCCGCCGACAGCGCCCCAAACACGCUCCAGCAGAUUCUCCAUCUGUCCUACAAGAACCAUGGCCAAUUCUUGCUCGAGUCCAUGCAGCAUUGGAUCACAGUGAACGGUGCUGCGCCUCAGACUGAAGCCUGGACCAAGAUCCGCAGCGCUCUGAACUACUUUGCCGAGGCGCUGGACAAGGAAGAUACCGAUCUUGACCUGUGGCUGCGAGCUGCUUCGGUUGCCGCCAUGAUGGGCAGCAAGCGCAUCACGCGCUAUUGUCUGGAAGCGGUGCUUGAUGGCAACGAUGAACAGUGGGAGAAUUUGCUGCGAUUUCCAGGCUUGGAGGAAGGGUUUGCUGGGCAACAGCUGCGUGAACUCGUGGAGCGACUGGAGGAUGAUGUUUCUUUACGACAAGCGCCUUUGUCCUUCAUGAAGCGAAAGAAGCUAUCGGAGAUGCUGAAGAAGCGGAUCAACCCCUUUCCAUUUGCACCCCUUCCUGCCGACGUUGCGCUCGCCGAAAAUCUCCACAAUGUGAAGUCUGCCCCAGAGACUGUUACGCUGAGCCCGACAAAGUGGGACUGGGCCAGUGUGGGCGAGAUCAUUCUCCGCCAAUUUCAGAGUGAGCAGCAGGGAAUGACGCACAGCGUACCUCCAGGAUCGAAUACAGUAUUCAGCAUACCCCCUGGCAGUGCCACUCCUGAGCGGAGUGAGCCCAAGCGUGAAUCUGAACCCACAGUGCCCUCGCAAGAAGUCGUGCUGGCAGCACCGGAGCCUCCGCUGCAGAUCGAGGAGCCUGCCACUGCCACAACCGAAAAGGACGGCGACGAUACCAUCAUGGAAGACCAAAGUGCGGAAGCCGAGGUCAAGAACGACGAAACCACCUCGACUAUACCCCUAGAAGUCGCACCGGCCCCGUCACGCAAGCGGUCCACGGAUUCAGCCGGGCUACCAGAAACUGCAGAAGGCGGGCGAUCCCGUAGUAAACGAAUUCGGGGCCGAGAAACGGUCACUGAACCUGCUGCCGGAAGUGCUGCGCAAGAAGCUAACAAGCAGCUUGAUGUUCAGCUGGAGCCCUACACACAUGCAGACCAAUGCCUCUAUGAGAUCGUUAAGGACAUAUACUGGCGGCUCAGCAUCGAAGGUAUCAAAGACCCGGCUGAAUUGCGUAACUUGGUCACCGCGGUUCCGGAAGCGACACCCACAAAUCCUAUUGACAAGGUAGCUUGCGACAUGUUCAGAGCUCUCCGAAGUGGACACAUGAAGACUGGGCAGAUACUGCUGAGUUCUGAAUCUUUCGAUCUGCUCGGAGUAACAAGAGAGCACGGCCUGAAUGCAUUCUUGGGCUUCUCCAAGUCGACCUCAAGUCAAGCCUGCACCAAGCCAGUCUUAGACAGUGAGGGGCUGAACACUUUUGCCAGAAGUGUGAACCAGAAUUGGCUCACCACACAGGAAGUUGCAUUCGCUUGGAUCGAGAGCCUCUUUUCUCCGGGCUCAUGCCGUCCCUCUGGAUCUCAAUCUACAGAAGAGUCGAGCUACCUACAUUUCAGAUGGGCGGAUGAUCUGAAACGAAGUAUUGUGCAGGUCAUUGUUCACAUUGACGAGUUCAUCUACGAGCGCAUGCUCGACCGCGUGGAGAAACUCAAUCGAAGGAUGCUGGACGCAACUCACCACUCUCGAACAUACGAGCUGUCCAAGUUUGAUGUUGCACAGAUUGAAAUAGUGGAAGCAUUAUUUGAACUGCACCUGGACAUCUAUUCGCUUAUCAAGCACCCUCAUAGCACGAUAGAUGCCAAUACGCGGAUUCUCCAAAGCGAUCGACUGGAACGAUGGUCAGCCCUUGCCCGCGAAGUCAUACAGUUGCGAUCCGACUGUCUGCCGGAUUUGGAUUUGGAUGACUUAGCCCUGCGCCACAUCUGGGCCACCGUAUUCCAAAUGAGCGUCAGUGACCAGUUACCACCGGAGCAUGUUUUGUCUGCCAUGGCGGAUUUGAAGACUAUGUUCGAAUCUCUGGGCGACCGUACAAUCCAAUUACAAAACAACGCCGUUAUGCCAGAACUAUCGACUGCUGCUAUUGACCGCGAACUGGUUCGCAUCAGCAUGAAGGAUUUUUUCCUCAAGGUUUUCGACCAAGACGAGCAGGAUCCUGUGACCGUAAUAGAAAGUCUGGAGCCAAUCUUAGAGUAUGAAAAUGCCAGCGAGUUCAGCGCGCCUGGUGAGCCAGCUGUGUCUGAUGGAGGUGCGCCUGACACACACAGCUCACCCACCAUGAGUAUCGAGGCCGACUCAUCCACAGAUAGACAGCUCAGUCGCUCAUCACCUGUCUUGGAGAUGCGGAAGUUUCUUGAUUCUGCAAACGUAAAUGUGCGUCUUUCCCUCUGGAACAGACUGCGUGUUGCGUACGAAGCUAUCGACUAUCCAUCCAAAGUUCUCUCUUGCUACUUGCGAAGUAUCGAGGCUCUUGUUGAUGAUCUCGGAUCUUCAGUCUUCCAGGAACUAUCGACACUCGAGCGUCAACACAAGCUGUUGACACGGUACCGAGUCAUUGACGACAUGGUUAUCAAGACACUUCAGAUAAUACGCGAUGACGAGAACCCGUUCGCGUGCUUACAUUAUGAGCAUGUACAAUCUUCCAUGUCGGCCAUUGCCAAAUUGCUGCAUAUCAUGUCGGCUGCAGACAUGCUCAGAGACUAUAUCCGCAUCAACCACAUUUCUGCGCCUCGAGUUGAAUCGCAUCCGAGCCAAGCCUUCGCCAACAUGAUGACACGGCUCGGCGACAUUCAUCUACGGCUAUGGAUGCUGCAGUAUCAUCUGCUCAAGGACGGUAUAUCCCAAGACCCCGAAAACUUUCCUACUCCUUCCGAGGAUCUCUUUGAAUUCCUUCGUCACGUACACCAUGCUACUGGUGUGCGCGGCUUCUGUCAUCUGUCGACUCGUCAGUUCUUGAGGCUUGCAAGAGACGAGUUACUUCGCAUUGACGACGUCAUUGACGUGCAAAGUCAUGCCACCGAGCUCUGCCAGGUUCUUUACGAUCUUUAUGGCCUCAAAUUAUUCAUCGAACCUUUGGAAUGCCAGGAUUUCCAAACUACGCCGGAUGCCCUAGACAAGAAGACCGCUUUCAGCAUCUUGUCGUUUGCCAUGUCACAAGUUGCCAAGGUCGAUCUAAAAGACCUACCCAAAACAGAACUCAAAGGGACAAUCGAAAAGAUACACGCUGCCUUAGGUCGGCCCAAGCAAAAUGAUGAUAUCACGUUCAAUCGCAAAUUGAUCUCGUCAUACUUCAAGUCGCCCGUCAACCCUGUCGAAUUAUUCGGUUGCUUGAAGGGCGUAGGUUCUCUCCCAACCAAGCACGUUCCUGUGGAGGAUGCCGUGGCUGCGUCAAAGGGCUGGUAUUACAUGAUGGGCAACAUCGCCCUUAGCAAAUUUCGAUCACAGAAGCGCAUGACCCAAGGGCCUACAGAAGACCUCAACUAUGCUCAAGCUUUCUUUGUGCAGGAUUUGGAGCAUUCCAUUGAGCGUUGGGAGACGUGGUAUCGUCUUGCGCAAGCGAACGAUACACAGCUUGAAGAGGCGGUAUCAUGGAACGCGGACAAGAUGAACAGCAACAGCGCGGACGUGGUCAACUUCCAACGUGCUGCAAUCAACUGUUACAUCAUGGCUGUAGCCUGUGCUGUACGCGAUCCUGAAGUGGGGUCGAGUGCGCAAAGCAAGAUUGCACAAAUGUAUACGGAAUUCGGUAACCGAAUAUACGCAUCCUCAAGAGAGCCCUUUAGGAUGGAAGCCUUCCAGAUCCGAGAGAACGAGAAGCGAUUCUGCAAUCUCCAGACCAACGCAACACUGUACAAAGAGGUCGCAUUUGCUCCGUUGCAAGCCUAUACCGCUUGGAAGUAUGCAAGUACACUAUUCAAGCGAGCUAUCAAAGGCAAUCCGAACAAAUGGUGGAAUCACUACAUGCUCGGGAAGUGUGGGUGGAAGAUGUGGUCAGCUAAUGACAGCGCCAUGCGGUACGCAAUGUCCAUUGGUGCGCCUGCAAACUCGCAGCGGGGGCCAAACUGGGAGUCUGUCAUCGAGGCCUUUGUUAGUGCGAUCGAGACACUACCUGGAAAGAAAGGACGCGGUGGCGAGCCUGUUCUUGAACCACACUACAAAUUAGUGUCCAUCACCCACAAGCUUUUCCAGCGCAGAGCCAUCAGCCAUGACAAAGCAGUAGAGAUCCUGACAAACACAACAUAUGCCCAGAAUAUACAACCUCCAAAGAACGAAGGCGACUGGCAACGGUACAUUCUUAGUGUCUUGAAAGCACUGCGUGCGGCGGACAAGUCGAGCUGGCACCAUCGGGUCAUAUCCCGCGUUGCUCAUAUAAUCUACGAUGAAGAGAAAAGUUCAUCUGUGGCUCAAGAUGCUAAGCAUGAACUCAUGCAACAGAUGUUCACCAAGACCAUGGCUGUUCAAGUUUGGAAGCCCGAAAACGAGCGACCUGGCAGGCACUUUGUGUACACUACUCGCUACACCAAGUUCUUUAUUGAACUUUUGGACCUGACUGUAGACAAGACCAACUUUGAAGCACUUGCUAAGCGCGUAAGGCGAAAACAGACAGACUUCUUCGAACAUCAGAAACUCUGGCAGGAUUUAUGUUCCCGUUACCUCAAACUACUACGGAGAAUUGGUAAUGUGCCUGAGGGACAAGAGGACUCGGCUUUCAAAUCCGUCAACCAUGACGAGUUCAACGCGCUGGCUCUGCGUUUGGAAGCGUGGUGUCAAAACCCAAGUACUCAGCACCCCAUACUAGACGUUCUUCGAGACGCAAUCGAACUCAAGCGCCUCAACAACGGUAUGAUGAAAUCCCUCCUCAUCGACGACCUCAUUGGGGAUACGUAUGCAAUGCUGUAUACUCUAAUUGGCCCUACUCUGUCUCCGCUUCCAUCAGAACAGCAGCAACAACAACAGCAGUCGCAGCAACAGCCGCAGCCACAGCCACAGCAAGCGCAGCAGCAAACCUUACCCUCACAGCCUCCCCCACCUUCUUUUGGGGCUACUGGAACGUCCACGGGUGCUGUACCAAUCUCAUCUUUGAUGCAAGUCCAGGUUGAUGGUCCAUCAGAAAGCAACCCUAGCACGCCCUUUAGUAUGUAUCAUUCGAAUCAGAUUCAGCCUCAGCCUUCCGCUCCAAUGCCUCAGAUGGCGGCGCAACCUGAACAACCAGCAAAAUCCCGAGCCAAGGCAGUGGGUCGUAGGGAAAUCGCGCGCAGAGCUGAAUCAUGUGUUCAGAAGACUGCUAGUGCCUCUGCUCAAUCCACCUCAAUGCCGAUCCGUUCACCCCCACCUGGAAGUUCUGCUUUGCCUGCCGCUACCGACAGGGCAGCAUCACCGGACAAGGCUGCGCCCUCUGCUGCUGAGCCGAGUACAUCGAACGAACUAUUGCAACCCUCUUUUGACCAGAGUGGCACCGCCACUGCUGCUCCAAGUGUGAAUAACGACGAGCCUGAGCCUGAGCCUGAGCCCAGUGCGCCCGCUUCGGUUCACGAUGACGCUGAUGACGAGAGCGAGCUCAGUGAACUGGAUGAAGACGAGGUGGAGGAAAUCCACCAAGAAGUGCAGAAUGACGCUCUGCGCCGGUCAGCUUCGAUUGCUGCAUUGAACAAGCCCUUAUUCCCUAAUCUAGCUGCUACGAGGUCAAGCUCUGUGGACAAGCGAACCGAAACCGAACAGGCCGACGAUCUGUCCGAUGAAAAGGACGAAGAUGAAGAAGAAGCUGCAGAAAGCGAUACAAUCCAUGUGAUAGCUCCAAGGUCAGGAAAAACGCAGGGCGAAGAUCGGAUGGAUGUGGACGAGAAAUAGAGCUGUCGUCAGCGGUACACUCAUACGUCUUGUAUUUGCUACAAGCUUUUGUCCUUUUUUAACCAUUUACUGUGUAGAAUACAACGUCUGUUUAUUGUAUACGAGGUGCUAGCUGGAAUACUGGAAUACCCUGUUGUUUUCUUCGAUAGUAUACCCUACAUUGUUAUGAAUUCU